GGUUAGGCGUAAGGUUAGCAGUGUGGUUAAGGUUAGGUUUAAAAUCAAAUUUUAAGAAGAGAAAUUGUAGAAAUGGGUGGGAUUUAGCCAUAAUUAUGGCUGUGUUAACUUAACUAGUGACGAGCCGGCAGCAGCGGUAGGUCACUGUACCAAAUAGGCGAAGUUGGUCAAAAGGGUACAUGACGUUUCUCGAAGGAAUACUAGUAAUAAAUCAGUCGGAAAUUGGGUUAUUAUCACAUCAGUAGUGGUGAUUUUCGUCGCACAUCUUCAAUCAGCGCACAACUGUGAAUGGAUUGUAACAGUUACUAUUUUGCUCUUUUAGACCAGCCUUACGACGACCAGUCGGCAGCCAUAGCAUAGCUCGACGCUAGGACAAUUUGACGUUCGAGGAGACCUCGAUCUGCCAGUGUAACAAUGGCAGUGUUCAGUGCACAGGUGCUUCUGGCAGUAACAAGAUCAAGGGGAUCUUACCUGCUGUCUAAGAGGCACAGCUGCUGCCCCCUCCCCUCCACAGCUUACGUCCACCACAACCUGGACCCCCCCAGCCACCUGUCGUCCCUACCCUCCCUAAGGCGUUCCAGGUCUGGCUACCCUCACUGCGUUUGGCUCCAUGGUUUCAAGACCCACAGUACCACCCUGCUGGCCAGAUCUCUGCACAGCUCCUGUGUUUGGCUGCAGGACACCAAGGCUCCUGCCACCCCAGCCCAGAAUGACCACCCAGGGACCCCCAAGAAUGGCCCCUCUGGCCCUGCACCCCAACCUCCAGCUACUGCUCCCCCUGCUUCCGCCACUGUAGCGGCUGCAGCUGCUGCCCCUACGGUCCAGGUAGUAAGGAAAUCUAUUGGCCAGAGGAUAGUGGAUGAGCUGAAACACUACUACAACGGCUUCAGGCUGCUGGGGAUCGAUACCAAGAUCGCAGGGAGGAUGGUGUGGAGACUGCUGCACGGACAACUGCUCUCACGCAGGGAGAGGAGACGGCUGAUGAGGACAUGUGCUGACCUGUUCCGCCUGCUGCCCUUCAUGGUCUUCAUCAUCGUUCCCUUCAUGGAGUUCCUGCUUCCUGUCUUCCUCAAGCUCUUCCCUGAGAUGCUGCCCUCCACUUUCGAGACCGAGACCAAGAAGGAAGAGAAGCAGAAGAAGGGUCUGGCUGCUAAGCUGGAGCUGGCUAAAUUCCUCCAGGAGACCAUAGCAGAGAUGGCCAAGAGGAACAAGACCAAGGCUCUGACAGAGGAUGAGACGCAGCGCUUCUCCACCUAUGUACAGAAGGUGCGUCACACAGGGGAGCAGCCUACCACUAAGGACAUCGUCAAGUUCUCCAAGCUGUUUGAAGAUGAAUUGACGCUGGAGCAUCUAGAGCGCCCCCAGCUGGUGGCCCUGUGUAAGCUGCUGGAGCUGCAGCCCAUAGGAACCAACAACCUGCUCCGCUUCCAGCUGAUGAGGCAGCUGAGAACCAUCAAAGCAGACGACGAGGUGAUAGCCACUGAGGGUGUGCCUGCUAUGAGUGUGUCAGAGCUGCAGGCAGUGUGUCGUAGCAGAGGGAUGAGGUCACUGGGUCUGACCACUGACCAGCUACGCCAGCAGAUGCAACAGUGGUUGGACCUGCACUUGAAGGAGAACGUUCCUCCUUCUCUGCUGCUGCUCUCCAGAGCUAUGUACUUGACUGACAUCAAACCCAUUAUACCUAUCAUACCCCCUGUACCCAAACUAGAGAAGGCCGCUCCUCCAGCUGAGACCCCACAGGGAACAACAGCCUCCUCCUCAGACUUACUAGUGGACCCAGCUCUGGUCAUCAAAGACAGGCUGGCGGAAGAGGUUAGAGACCAGGCUGCCAUCGUCUCAGACAAACCUCCCACCCCUGCCCAGGUUAUUCAGGCUAAAGCAGCAGAGGCGUCCCAGAAGAGCAAGAUAAGUGCCAAUGGCGUGUGAGGAGGACUGAAAGGGCUUGACUGUACCCCAACCCUGUGUCCUUAGGGUUGGGUGGGGGCUAUCAAUCAAGCUCAUCUACACCAAGAGGGAUCAGUCAACCCAGCCACCCCUCUGCCCUCCUUAACACCUUCUCAUUCUCCUCCUUAUCCCCAAGACCGGGGGCCGUGAGUCUGUCCCCAAGUCCCCCGUCCUCCCUGUCUAGCCAAUGGGGCUCGCUGUGUGAUGGAAAGGUCAUAAGAUCAUCACAUGAGAUGAUAAUGUCAUCAGACCAGACAACGCUUGGCUAAAAUGACACUUUGCUCUGGAUCAGACCCCUCUCUUCUCUGGCUACACCUGGAGUGCGGCCACUGGCAGGUGUUUAAAACGGGACACCCCCCUCUGCUCUGUCUGAUCAGUCUCUGGUUCUUCUCACCUGCAUCUAUUUGGUCUACAUGUUAUGCACUCCAUCCAUUUUGGUUUCACACUCAAUCUCAGGACACUGUUACGUAAACUCUGAAAAGUCCCUUGACUGGGAUUACCUUUCGUUUUAGGGAUCACAGUUACCCAGUGAUGUAACAAAUAUUAUUAUGUCCUUGAAGAGUAGACACAGCCUCUCAAAACGUACCAUUUGGCCCAGUGUUCUGGUUGGUUGGUUUUGGUGUAACUUUAGUUUGUUUCACUUCAGGUUGUAUUUAGACCUAGCCUGGUCUCAGAUUCGGGUUGUAUUUAGACCUAACCUGGUCUCAGAUUCUGAUUGUAUUUAGACCUAGCCUGGUCUCUGAUUCGGGUUGUAUUUAGACCUAGCCUGGGUGCUGAAGCUCAAUCCUCUUGACGAGACACACCGCAAAGGCGAAAGCAGGAUGUGGCUGCGGUGUUUUAACGGUCACCUGCUGGCUGUCGACGAACGGUGGCGAUUCAACAUGUAGAAUUGUCAGGAAAUACACAGAAAAUAACGUCCAAUGUUUUGGUUCAGAGGCGAUGGGACGGCCACCCGCUGCUUUGAACCAUUCAUCGUCAAGGUGUGUUUUGUCUCUUAGAGUUGGCCGAAUCACCUCCAGAUCUGGAUCAGACUAACGUAGACCACCACCACUUCCUCCCCCUCGUGUAUAUUUGUAAAUACCCUGUAAAUUGUUCUCCGUGUCUGGCAGACAAAGUACAGCUGCUCUGUACGUUGUUUAUGCCACGCCCUCAAGCUCGCUCAACUAAAGAGUUCUAUGAACUUUUGCCCUCCUAUUAUUUUGUUUGUUGAAUAUUUAAAUUUAAGACUGGGCAACUCUUUACAUUAACUUGCCUUCAUACCAGGAAGUUACUCUCUAACUACUCUGGUAACCAGAAUGUAAAUGUUUAGCUCUAAAUGGUCUUUGCCGAUAAGGUAUAUAAACAAUGAUUGAUGUGUAAAGGAAAUUGGGCAAAUUAUGUCCAGCUAGUUACCAUGGUAGUUGCAUUUAAUUACAACAGAAAAUGUAGCACACGUGGUAUCUGUGCAAUUUAUUGUGAAGUGUGACCAUAUGACUGAGUGGCCCUAUGUAAUUUAGCAGACACUCUUAUCCAGAGCGACUUACAGGAGCAAUUAGGGUUAAGUGCCUCUGUCGAUGUGCCCUAGUCAGCUCGGGAAUUCAAACUAGCGCCCUUUCGGUUUCUGGCCCAACGCUGUAAUUGUAAGAUAGCGAGAGAGUUCACUCCUGAUACACAGGAGAGUCUGUAGGAGCACCUAAAUCCUGAUAAUCAACACAACCACCUAUCUGUGGACAAUUAGCUUUUCUAUUGGAAUAUACUGUGUAUAUAUUGUGUUAAUGCUGUUAUACUACUACCCUUGAUUUACACAUUUAAAAUAGAAUAUACUUGACUUUGACAGCUAUUGGAAAUGAUCCAUACCCACUGUUAAAUCUAAACUAGAGAAAUGUCUAAAGAGAAGUGUAAAAUAAUUUAUUUCAAACAGCAUGAAAAUGCAGGAUUUGCGAACUCUUAAAGGAUUGCACAAGAAAGUGUUACAUUUUAUUUUUUAAAUGUGGUUCUCAAAUAACUUGAAAUAUGGCCCCUAUUUGAUGAUGAAAUGCCUAGUACCUAUCCUGCUUACAUAUGUUAACACAACUAUGUGACCGAGAAGGUUCCUGGAAUGUUUACUACAUAAACAUGCAGAAUGUGUACUGUAUAUGUUUCAUGCUUGUGUGUGUGUGUGAGAGAGUGUGCAUUUGGUGUUGCCUUAGCCUUGAGGAAAACCUCUUUUCAGUAUCAAGUUAGGUCAGGGUUUCCCAAACUCGGUCCUGGGGCCACCGCUGGGUGCAUGUUUUGGUUUUUGCCCUAGCGCUACACAGCUGAUUCAAAUAACCAACUCAUCAAGCUUUGAUUAUUUGGACCGGGUUUGGGAAACCCUGAGUUAGGGGGUUACCUUUAUGAACCCCUCCCCACCCCUCCAACCAAAUUGCAUUACUUCUCCUGACUUCACUGAUUAGUCAGUGGCUGACCAUUCACCCUUUCUGAAUGGAAUAGAAUGGGCUUCAUAGUGCAUCUUCCUCUCCUUCCAAUCACUGAUCUGUAGGGGUGUGUGUGUAUAAGCAAAACCAAGAUGUCCACCCUUCUGCUUUGACCAAUCCAACCCACUCAGACCUGUGAUUAAUUCAAUGGAGGGUAGAGAGGACUAUGAGACCAGGGACACUCCUUUCCAUCCUUAGUUUAUUGUUCAACUUGGUUUAAGGAUUGUUUUGCAAAUUAAUUUACAGCCAGGUCUGUAAAAAGGUGCUUUGUUACCUCUGCUCUCUGUGGAAUGCCUCUUCUGCCCCAGCCCCACUGACUCUACUAUAAGAGAUUUAAGCUAUUCCCCUGCCUUGUUCCUUCCUUUGGCUCCCUUCCUUCAUGUUGACAGAUGCGUGAAAGGAAUUCACCAUAUUACUGCUUAUGCUGUUACCUUUUUUUGGUCCUUUUAGAUCAGUGAUCAUGGAGGUAAGGAGAUUAGGAAGGUGGGGGAGAGAAUUAGGACACAUACUUAGAUUAAUGUAGACUCCUGUGUAUAUACCCUCACUCACAUGCCCAAUACCAAACCAAACACUAACUCCUACCCCUAAACACUUGUUGGUACAAGCAAUAUAGUGAAAGGCAGAACUAUAUUGCUAAUGGCCUACCUUUCAGAUCAACAAGCGGUCGACGUGUGGGGUUAGAGUUUGGUGUGGAGUUGGGUAACAUGAACUAUACUGAACAAAAAUAUAAAUGCAACAUGUAAAGUGUUGGUUUCAUGAGCUGAAAUAAAAGAUCCCAGAA